UAAAAAAACAAAAAGUCUCAAGUUCCGCCUUUUCCUGUCUCAGUCCACAACACUCCCCGUUAUAAUCCACACUGCUCCUCUGCAUGAGAAACUAAAAUAAGCCAAGCACAGUGUUGCAAUGGAGGGAAGUGAGUCAACAGCUAGAGAGAGGACAACAGGGACUGGGAGUCAGGUGGCAGAGCAGAAGCUGCUGAGUUCCACCAAGCCCCUGUAUCGCUUCACCCGAAAGGAGCCCAGAAGUCUUGGGAUUGUCAUCGUGAUGUUCGGCUGUGCAGAGAUCCUGAUGGGAUUCAAUCUGAAACAAGAAGAGUGGAGCACUUCUUGUGUCCUCUUCAUCCCCUUCUGGCAGGGAGCUCUGUUUCUUGUGUGUGGAAUCCUGUCUAUCUACACUGAGAUUCGUCCAUCCAAGAAGAUGGUGACUGUGUGUUUGGCCAUGUAUGUGGUUUCACUUUUAGGGAUCAUGAUCUCUGUUGGCUACAGGAUAUACCUCAUGUGCUAUUAUAGCUUUAGCUACAUGGUAUACCGAAGCAGAGACAGGGGGGAGGAGCCUAGCAGAGUGGACCUGGUUCGAGGUGUUGAAUCCAUUUUGUUGAGCUCCUCUCUGUGUGUGUCAGGACUCCUCAUCUUCUUGUGUGUUGUGUCACGCUUAGCUCUGAAAUCCACAAACACUCAGUUUAUUCUCCAGUGCAUCCCAGCAGCACCAGCAGCAGCACCACCAGCACCACCAGCAGCAGCAGCAGCAGCAGCACCAGCAGCAGCAGCAGCAGCAGCAGCAGCAGCACCACCAGCAGCAGCACCACAGAGUGAUGCAACAACAUCAAACUGAUCUCAACAUUUUGAAGGAUUAUUCUACAAUACAGUGGUUUUCCUGCAUCACAUCUACUGUGAAAGAAACACCAUCACUCUGGAUAGUAUAUAAUGUAUAUGUUAUACCAGAA